AUGGGGGACAGCAGCAAUGAUUUUCCAACCGAAGAUAAUUUAAUACUGAUCUACAGCCAAAUGCUAGAUCAACACCUGAUGAAUCCUAUCAAUAAAUUUAACUUAGCGCUGACAAAAAUUGCAGAAUCGUUAUUAAAUGCAGCAUUGUACUGUCACCACAAAAUUUCAACAACAUUCCUACCAACAGCAGUGAAAUUUCAUUACGUAUUUAAUCUACGUGAUCUCUCAAACAUCUUUCAAGGCAUACUGUUUGCACACGGUGAGACUGUUCCGACUGCAAAUCAUUUGAUCAGAUUGUACGUUCACGAAGCAACAAGAGCGUAUUCGGAUAAAUUAAUCAAUGCUGAAGAUAAAAAAGCCUUUCAGCAAUUGCUGAAGGAGUCGCUUCGCAAAAAUAUUUCUGAAAUGGACGAAAAUAUUGUAUUUGCUGGACCAAUAAUAUAUUGUCAUUUUGCGGAAGGAAUCGGUGAACCAAAAUAUAUGCCAAUAAAAGAUUGGCAACAAUUAACAAAGUUACUGGAUGAAGCUCUGGUUAAAUAUAACGAACUAGUAAUAACAAUUUAUAUUUAA